AUGGAUAAAUUUAAGGUUUUAUUUUACUCAAAGGGCUAUUUUGUAAAAGACCCUAACAUAAGAUAUGAUGGUAGGAAAGUAUAUGCUUUUACUGGUCAAGAUCCUGAUUACUGGUCUUUUUUUGAAGCAUGUGACUUAGUUAAAGUGAUUGACUCUGAGUUUGAUUUGAGUUGUGUUAAGAUGUGGUGGAAACAUGAUGAAGGAUCCUUUCAAGAAGAUUUAAAACAAUUUAGGGAUGAUGGAGAUGCUUUUGAGUUAGCUAUGUAUGUUAUUAUAAAUAAUUGUGAAGUUGAGAUAUUAUGUGAGCCAAAAUCACUUAUAGGUGAGGCCACCUUUAUGGACACAGUUAAAGAUAAAGGAAAGGGGAAGCCAUGUGAUUAA